AUGGAUAUCGACCCUCACUCUCACUUACUCCACUUGAGAAACUUCUCAUAUUUUUCCUACUUCUCUGAGUUGCACUACUCCGAUCAUACCGCUGCCACUGUUGUCGAGACCUUGGCCAUCUCCACUGUCUUCCUGGUGUCCGUGGCAGCAAACACGGGAGCUGCAGCCUUGGUAACCUGGGAGCGCAGACUGCUGGCCAACAAGACCAUCCUGACCCUCAACUUGUUUGUGGCCGACCUGCUGUUUGUCAGCAUGAUCCCCUUGAUAGUGGCAGUGCGCUGGACCGUGUCCUGGACGCUGGGGUUCACCGCCUGUCACACCGUGCUGUUUGUCAUCUGUAUGAGCGGCUCCGUCACCAUCACCACCCUGGCCUUCAUCAGCGUGGAGAGGGUCCAGGCGAUCCUCCGGAUGCAGACUGCGCCCUCUCUGAACCCCAGGAUGGUGACCGCCACCCUCAUCUUCAUCUGGGCCUUCUCUGCACUCACUGCUUUACCCCUCAGCCUCUUCUUCACUGUGAUGGAAGUUGAAUUUCCUGAGCAGCAAUGUCUACACAUCUGUACUCUCAAGUGGCCCGACUGGACAGGAGAAAUUGUUUGGAAUAUUUCCUUCGCCGCUCUGUGCUUCCUUCUCCCAGGACUCAUUAUUGUGGUCAGUUACAGCAAAAUAUUACAGAUUGCUAAAAGUUGCAGACGAGGACUCCAAACACGAGGUAAUCCGCUCCCAGUUGGUGAGUCUCCAGAGUACCACGUAUCCCGCCAGGACAUGAAGCUCUUCCGCACUCUCCUGGUCCUCGUCUUCUCCUUCCUGCUCAUGUGGAGUCCCAUUUUUAUCAACAUCUUCCUCAUCCUGACCAGAAACUUCUUCGGUCACCUGCACAUCUCCUCGACCGUGUUCUUCUGGGUGAUGACGUUCACACUGGUCAACUCGGCUCUCAAUCCUAUUCUCUACUCAGUCUGCCAGUUCAAGAACGGCUGGAGAAAGCUCUGCUGUGGUUCUGCCGUGGUGCCACUGCGAACAGAAACUUGUGGCAGUACUCGGAGGGGAAGGAUGAACCCGUGA